AUGAGACGUUUAAAAGGACUUCAAGAGCUGGACUUAAGAAAUAACCAACUGAAGGGACUUGAUGUGGUUAGAGAACUGCCUAAACUUAAAAAACUAUUGGUUGAAGGAAAUCCGUUCACACUAGAGGAGAUCAGAAGUCUUAUGAAGCAUGUGCAUACGACUACAAGAACGAUCUACGUAGACAUCGCAGGUAGUGUUACAUAUAAGUAUGGCAAUAAAUCUUUUGCAUACUCAAGCACAACGUUAUCUUGGUGUAGGGAUUGUGUGUCUUUAGCGCUGUGGUGAUUUUUAUCUCAAUUUAGAGUUUUUGAAGGAAUUUCUCUGUAAAGAUUAGAGCUUCAAGUAGGUCAAGCCUGUCUUUCCGUUGUCGCGUAGAGAUCCAAAUUGGCGUAUACGGUCGACUCCCGUUAUUGCACACGCCUUGGGGGGAAGGGAGGGGGGAGAGGGAGAUUUCGCGCCCGUAAGAGCGAGAGAACGUAAUAGCGGGGUACGAGAGAAAAAAUUGUUUUGUCGCGAAACAAAUGAAAUAAUAUGUAACUACGCAAGAAUAAAGUUUCUUACGUGGCCUUACGAACCAGAAAAAGAUCUGGCCGCGAGCAGGAAAAUCUCGUGUUUGCAUCCAAUUGAAGAGUCGUUUCUUUGUUUUCCUUCAUUGUAAUGUCGCUUUAUAUAAUGAGUCAGAAUUUUGGACAGUGUCCGUUCUGGCUGGAGAAAAAACAGGUGAAAUGUUGCACUGGGGGGCAUGAAAGUGUCCACAUUUCCGUAAUAGCGAGAGUGCGUAAUAACGAGAGUACAUUUCAGUCAAUUCUUCAUGCGUUUCGCGGGGGGCCUGGUGCUGGGGGUGUCCGUAAUGGUGAGGUGUCCGUACAAAGAGAGUCGAUUGUCCACUUAGAAAUGUAACCUUCACCUACUCUUUUAAUUAUUAUGAUCACCGAUUGAUGCUAAUUUGUAUCGUUGCAAGCUUCGUCUGAUAAUCCCUUUGUUAUUUCAAGAGAGUUUGUGGGAGUGUUUAAUUCAAAUUUGCCAUGCAAUCGUUCUGGCUCUAGAGUCUCUGGGUCUGCACUUGAAGCAGGAUUAACCGUUGGAAGCAGGCUGGUUUUUUUGUUGAAUACAGUGUUCGUGUACUGUAAAACUUUAAAAACCUUUUUGCAGGCAUUUCAAGCCAAAAAUGGUACAAUAGAACCUGGCUUGAAGGCUGAUUAUGCAAGAAAGAUGGAAAAUCCCAUCCUUAUUUUACAACAAGAAAAUGUUGAGGAAGUUUUAUGUGACAGAUUUAACUAAAAUUUUGAAAAAGUAAUUUUCUCUUCUAUCAAGAACCUUUAAUCUUGUGGCGGUUGAUGUGACUUUCAUGGAAGUUUUCUUCAGUAAUGUGCUCCUCGUGUUUCACGUAUCACUUUUCACAAGGUCGUGAUGUAUUGUAGAAAUUUUUCUCACUUUGCUGUUCUACAAUAGGCAAUUAGUACAAUAUUAAAUUUACCUUUUCUCUCACUUGCAGCUGUAGCUCCUUCCGAAAUUUUGGCGCAAGGACCUUCCGCAAGGCUGGUUUAUGAAGAGGCCCUUAAAGAUGGAUUUGUGAAUGUUUAUCGUGGUCGCAUAGUAUUGGUUGGCCAGGAUCGUGCCGGUAAAACAAGCUUAAAAAAGACUCUCCUAGGCCUCCCAUUUGACUACCAGGAACAGAGUACGGACGGAGUCGAAAUUGAGCCGUCAAAGUUUGAAAUUGAAGUGAAGCAAAUCCAGAACUGGACUCCUAGUUGUGCGAACGAGUCAAGUUUGUCUGAAAGUUUGGAAUAUACAACAUUUGUAGCAAAAUUGUUAGCGAGAGAAAGAUAUCACAUGAUUGUUCGUGAUGAGAUGGAAGACUCGGAAAUGAAAUCAGUGGGGGCAUUACCCAAGGAAGAACGUAGCGUGGAGUCAAGAGGGGAAUUGCACGCAAAACAUGUUGUUGCCGAUCAGGUCUGUUAACAAAGUUUUAACUGUGAAACCCGAUUUGUUAUGAAUGAUCUCAAACAGAUUUACACAUUAAAUACUCAUUUCAGUGUUUUAACAUAAUGAAAUAGAUAUCGACAUCGGCUGUGUGAAUGAGAAUGCAUCAACAAUGUAAUUUCUAUCGGAAUUUGGUAUCCACAGUAUUGAUAUUUCGCCUUAUUUCAAAAUGUUAGGUUUCCGUGUACGAGGAUUUGGCCACUAAGUGUCCCGACAAAUCCAGGCCAUUAGGCGAAAAUCGCGAAGGAGAUAAUCUAAGCACAAAGCCCAAAAUUGCUAUCAAUGCCACCGCACUUCCUAAUGCACGUGCCGUUAAAAUACAUGCUGAUGAACUCUUAAAGGACAUGGUCCUGGAAGGUGUGGAUGCUGAUAGUGCAAACAUCAAGAAAGGAUCCACGAUAACCGCAGAUGUGUGGGAUUUUGCGGGUCAACAUGUGUACUAUGCUGCUCACCCGGUAUUUCUUUCGUCAAGAGCUGUGUACAUCGUAGUUCACAACCUUAACAAGCCACUGGAUGCCCAAGCUCAGCCAUGUGUAAGACAGGGAACUCAUGAAGUAACUUUGGAGAACCCGAACAAGGAGACCAAUCUGGAGAAUUUGCUGUCGUGGCUCGCGACAGUUCAUAAUAUGACACCAACAGGAGAAGAAAUGGUUGAAACGCCUAACGUGCUGUCCUAUCUCCAACCUCCAGUGUUCAUCGUCGGCACCCAUGCUGACAAGCCAUAUGAAGAUAGGAAGGAUGUUUCAUCCAAGAUACUUCGUGAGAUUUCCAGUAAGGAAUAUGGAAAACAUGUGAUCCGACCAUUCUUCUACAUUGAUAACACUCAAGGACACAAAUCAUUCGCAUGGAAAUUCCGGAAUUUCUUUAAAUUUCAAAGAAAUUGUCAAACAGGUAAAUUAUGUGUUUGGGUUCAACAUGAUGAUUAAUGACGUGUUUAUCGGUUAAUGAGGUUGGGUUUAAUUUUAUUUCUAUCGAGGACAGACAAAAUCAUCGUUAGAUAAAGUUGAUUGGAUUCACUGGAGAUUUUACCGGUUGCUUUUCCACGUCUAAUUUCUAGCAUCCUUUUGUCCCUAUCUUGGUACUUAUCUACUUUUGAUGUUGGCACCUUGUUGGUGCUCCCGUUAUUCCUGGAAUUUUUUUUUGCAUGUAUUUUCUCUUUUUUUUCCUUUUUUCUUGUGUUAACCUGAAUUGUAUAUGUAAAUACCAUAACGAAUGUUUUUGAAGACCAAAUUAGUGUGAAAUUUAUAAUACAUUGCGAAGAAGUGACUUAGAGUGCUGCAGCAGAAAUAGACCUUUCCGAAUACGAAAUAGGGGAUCAUGGUCUUAGUUGCAAUCAAACUCGUAUCGAAAGUCCGAGGAGAAAUCUCUGUUCAUCCCUGGCUUCUCUCAACAGAACUAAUUGUUUUACAUAAUUUAUAAUUGAAAGGUCAAGAAGGAGACAAUGAUGGCACUGAUGCUGAUGGAAUUCAUGCUCUUCGAUAGAGAAUCCUGGAAGUACUUCGACAGGAACCUUAUAUGGGAGAGAAGAUACCAGCUAGGUAAAGUAUGAUGUGUAAUGAUAUAAGCACAAAGAGAUGUUCAGGUCAUUUUUUUCUAACAACAGCUGUACUGAAACGUACGAGUGGCUUUCAUAGCUGGUUUCGUUACUUGUCGAGUUCGCUACGUUCAAGUUCGCUACAUGUUCGUUACUUACAUGCCGAAUUCGCUACUUACUUCAUUCUACCACAGUAAAUUAUGCUCACAUUAUGAGCAUAAUUUACCAAUUCUCACAGAUGAUUUACGGGAACUUUUGCGGCUCAUACUUGAAGAAAAUUCUUCCAAGUUCAACGAAAGAUUCUUCAUACAAACACAUGGCAUCGCCAUGGGAGCUAAGACACCAGUUGCUUUCCCUGCCAUUUUAUGGCAAACCUAGAAAAGCGACUGUUAAUGGCUAGUCCCUUUAACCUUUGGUCUGGAAGAGAUUUAUUGAUGACAUAUUUUCACUGUGGAACAUUUCUAUGCAAGACGCUUACAAUUUUGUUGACUUUGCCAAUUCGUUCCACCCUACAAUCAGGUUUACUUGUAAAACGUAACCUCGCAACAAUCCAAAAAAUCAAAGUAGCGGUUUAAAGCACACAAGAAGGCAAUUUGCAUAUGACCAGUUUAACUGACUCCUAAAAACGGCAAUCACGCAGUUGGGAGUAUAAAUUACAGAUAUUGCUUGUGGUUUAUGGUUAAAAGAGAAAUUAAAACUGUGAAUUAACAAAGGCAGCGAAUUGGGCAUGUUAGAAGCGAACAUGUAGCAAACUCGACGAGUAGGGAAACAGGCGUAAAGCGCUUUCAAGACGACGAAUUUUUCAGUGCUUAACAACAUGCUACCAUUACUUGUGGAUGUAAUAUAUCCUCAAAAGAUGCUCAACCGGCUAUUAAGCCAUAUUCUAAAGUUACAUUUAGAAAUUUCCAAACUUUGCUACAUGCAAUUUGCUAUCUGAUGUAUACCUUUCUGUAAGUUAGACUAAUUAUAAAUUUUUUAUAUUUCUAGAUGGUUUAACUUCGAAAAGGUCAUUGGAGCUUUGGUAGCUGAGAAUGUAUACCACUCAAAUACUGUCCAUCUUCAAACCUAUGCCAAGAAUGUAUGUUUUAUAGAAGACGAUGAACAGUUUCACACCAUGCUGAAUUUCUAUCACGACUUAGGUUUGAUUGUGAAACACCGCAGUACAGUCAUUCUGAAGGCACAGUGGUUGAUCAGUCUAUUCAAGAAGCUUAUAACCAUUCCAGCAUUCAAAAAAGCGGUAGGAAAAGAUAAUCUUCUAUGCGUCGAGAUGAUUACAGAUCGUAGGCAGGAUUUGUUACCUUCCCCCAACUUGCGCUUGACGAAAAAAUGUUAAUUUAAUUGACUGUUUGUUGGUUUUUUUUUUCACGUUGUUUACACCCCUUACAACAUUUUGAGUUUUCUCCAUAACUUUCAUGUGUCUCCCACUCUCCCUCAUUUCAAUAUUGACAAAAUGGUCACUAAUUUAUUACGACAUCGUUUGAGGGUGGGGAGGUAAGGGGGAAAUUCAAUAAACUAAUUAGAGAUGAAUAACAAGAUUUUUCUUAUUAUAUUGACUCAUUUCGGGAGGCUUGCCAACUACAUUUUACCACUCAUUGUACCCUUAGUAAUGAGGAACGGAGAGAUGUUUGAGGAACUUAGUAAUGAGGAACGGAGACGCUGCAAAUUAAAAGGGGCAUUUUUAAAGAAAAAUUGGUAGAUUGAACUUAUUUUAAAUAGGGAAUUUGUGGUUUCAGGAUCCUGUGCAUUCCAAGUACUGGCUGGAACUCGAGACAAGUGGUGUCCUUAAGAUGGAGCUUGUUGAUCACGUUUUUUCCCCUCUUAUUCAGCAAGGCGUUAUCAAGGAAGACAUCUUGGACAUGAUGGAGCAGUUUGGUUUGAUUGCCAAAUACUCACCAUCCCCGGCUGACGUUAAUUACUUUGUGCCAUGUCAACUGAGGUCCUCACCGGAAGAGCUUUGUAAAAUGGAGCCAUCAUCUACGGAUCCUUGUCCUUUGUAUCUUCAUUUUCAAGAAGGCUUUGUUCCGCAUGGUCUUUUUACUCGCCUUGUUUCAAAAUCGGUUGCUUGGUGUGGUACAAAUGGAUCGUCACAGCCUCCAAAACUCUACCAGAAUGGUGCAUGGUUCAUUCUUGAAGAACGCGUCAUACAUGACAUGAUCAUGAUUUGCAAAAAGAAGUUCAUAAAAAUCCUCUUGAGGCAAAGAAUUAAGAAGAACGUAGUUGCAGUUUCUAAUUCAACUUUGGUAGAAGUUGCUAGAAGUGUGCGAUUGUUUAUGGAGAGCACUUUAGAAAAGAUGUCGCAGGAGUUCCCAUACCUGAGCAGGAUGCAGCAUGAAUUUUGUGUUGAAUGCCCCUACUGUCAGCAAAGCGGUCGCAAGUGCGUAAAUCACAACCAAGUGUCCUGUGGAGAAGAAGACUGCUUACACCUGCUUGAAUUAAGGCAAGGACAGGAUUUUAUCUGUAUGGAAAACAUAUCUAAUGAAGUACUUACAGUUCCUGGACAAGAGAAAUGGUUGUUGAACCAGGUAUAAAGCAUUCUUUGUAUGUCUUCGUUCGUAAGUAGUAAGGGAAACCAAUUAAGAAGAGCUUAUGAUAGCUGCAAUGAUAUCACAUUGUGCGAUGGCAGUCGCAUGAAUCGGAAUACCCAAUUUAGAAAAUCUUGGAACAGAUUGAGAUCUAAUGGUGUCAUAGAGGGAUCUUGCUUCAUCGAGCUCCUAAAUUCAGCAAUGGAUAUACUGUGUGAGAUUGUAUGUUUUGCAAUUGUGUAAUUACCUUUUUGGUUGAUUCAAGACAUGUAUGAACGCGUUCAACCAGUUCGUUUCCUUCCGUCUGGUUUAUAAUUUCUUGAUGGGAAAAAAUAAUAUUUUUCUCUAACAGAAGUAAGUUUUUUUUUAUGAAAACUGUUUUAUAUACCUUACUUGGAAAAUGAUAUGCUUUUCCUUUAUAAAAAUGUUUUUAUGUCAUUAUCCAAAAGGGCUUGGCUCCUACAGAAAUAAGAACCUCACAAGUUGCAUCAGUGCGUGGUCACCCGGCAAAGUGCGACAAAACUUUGAAAGUUACUCUACUUGCCAAUGAGUGGAAUUCGUCAAGGGGGGGUUUGUCCACCAUCAACAGACACCUUGCCAUCCUUAUGGCCGAACGUAAUGAGGUAGAAGUCACUCUCUUGGUCCCACAAUAUGCUUGUUCUGAAGAAGAGAAGAGAAUUGCAGAAAGUCACAAGAUUGUCAUCAAAGAAGCAGAGAGACGUCCAGGCUACGAUCCUCUUGACUGGUUGAGCUUCCCUCCGAAAGAGCUGAUAAUUGACGUGGUCCUGGGUCAUGGAGCCAAGUUAGGUAAGCAAGCCCAAAUCAUUAGGGAGUCCCAUAGUUGCCAAUGGGUACAAGUAGUGCAUACUGCGCCUGAAGAGCUCGGAAUGUUCAAAAACUAUCCGAGAGCCAUUGCCAAAGGAGAAGAGAAGACUACAGCCGAAGUAGAUUUGUGUAAAUUGGCAAAUCUAGUUGUAGCAGUAGGACCCAAGUUGACGGAGGCCUACUCUGCCUAUCUUCGCUCAUGUGAGAAGCAGCAAGAUAUAAUGUCGUUCACUCCUGGCACGCUUAAGGAGUUUUCUACUCUAAAUCAUGCCUCAGUUGACUCUGCAAAGUUUAGGGUGUUGAUCUUUGGUCGUGGUGACCCUGAGGACUUCCGUCUUAAGGGGUGUGAUAUCGCUGCUAAAGCAGUAGCGGAACUGAAAGACAACUCCUACCAUUUGAUCUUUGUGGGUGCACCUAAUGGCAAACAGGAGGCAGUUGCGGACGAGUUUGUGCUGAAAGGUAUUCCUAGAAGUCAGCUGACAGUGAGAACGUUUUUGCAAAGUAAGGAGAAAUUGAAAGAUUGUUUUUGUGAAGUUGAUCUCUGUAUCAUGCCAUCCCGGACGGAAGGGUUCGGCCUAACCGCGUUGGAAGCCUUGUCAGCUGGUCUUCCCAUUCUUGUAAGUGGAAACUCGGGUUUCGGAGAUGCACUGCGCACAGUACCAUGUGGCACAUCCUUUGUGGUUGACUCUGAGGACCCCAAAGCGUGGGCUAAGGCAAUUGAUGGUGUCCGAAAGAUGAAGAGAUCACUGCGUCUUAAAGAGGUUGAACAACUCAGGACAUCAUAUGAAGAGCAGUUCAGCUGGGAGAAACAAUGUGACCUUCUCGUUGAUUUGAUGUGGAACAAAGUUCAUGGCGUAGGUAUGUUAAUAAUUUUUAUAUUUCUUUCCGUAGACUUUUCUUUCGUUGUGUUAUCCAAAUGUAUCCUGCCAUUGAUGUGAAUACAUUUUCUAUCUCGAAAUAGGUUUCUAAAACACAGCAUGAUUGAGAUCUUUAAAUGUUUGUGUAUAACGCCGAUGUUCAUCAAAAAGGAAACGAUUUGUACAAACUGAUAAGAGUGAGAAAGGAACAAGCAAGAGCAAAAGAAACGUCUAAAACCACUUUUAUCCAUCACAAGUUUAAUUAACUUUCUUGAUAUAAGUGUAUUACCAAACGUUAAUGCUUUAGCGGGACAAAUGUCAUAUUGUCUUAUAAGCUCAGGUUAAAAGUUAUCUACUCCAGUUAUUCACAAGCAAUAAUUGCUUUCGUUGCAGCAUAAUUAUUUUUUUAUGAAAAAAAAACCUAGGGAUGUAAAAUGUUAACUGGCAAGUCUAGACUAUUACCUGCGACUUCCUAUUCCAAUACUGUUUAUCGUUCUCGAAUCAGAAGACAGCGUUUGCUAAAUAAAUGAAGUUAUUGGCCUGUCUUCCGAACUCCUCGCCGUACUUUUUAAUUUAAGUCUUCCCUUGUAGCUGAAAGAGGAGCCUGGCCCUCUCAGUGAAGAUUUUGAUCAAUUUGUGUUCUCAUGAAAUUUUUUUCCAUACAUGAUCCUUCUAAUAAGGAAAGAUUUCGUUCAUUUGAGAGUAGCGCCCUCCAUGAAACGAAAUCAGAGUACCCCAUUGGAUAAGUGUCCCUCUCAGCCCUGAUUUGGGCGGAUUUGGCUCCACUUACAGGGCUGAGCCAGAUCAUACACAAGUUUCACGCAGCUUUCGGUGGUGAUACCGGAAGAGUUCCCAGUGGGUGAAAAAAUAUUCACGGUGAACUGAAAAUUCGGUCUUUAAUGUGAUGGAUUUUUUUUCUCUGUCAUAACUGAGACUUUCUCUUCCAUCUACAUUCUAUGAUUCUAGGAAAUGCGCCUAAAAUUAUUUUACUUCCAGGGGUGCUUGAGCGAACCCUCCAGAAUCUUCAGCGGAUGCAACUCUGCGCAAGCACGGUCAACGACAACACUACCUUGACAGAGAAGUUAGCGACGAUUGCAUCAGAUAAGGGCUUCAGAAUUUCUGACAAUCAAGGGUCAGGAAACUGCAUGUUCCAUGCUCUGUCAGAUCAACUAGAAACCGUCAAAAGAAUCAAAAUCCAACAUGGCCAGUUGAGACAGUCUUUAGUUCAGUACCUCAGGGAAAACCCAAAACUGGUGAGUUGCUGUAAUGCUCAGAAGUAAAUGAACUAGAAGUUCAUCAGUAGUUUAAUUACUGUGUCUAUUUUUCUCUCCGUUACAUGAAGUGCCACUCGUCCUUGCUGGGACACCAGUCACUUUCACACCAGACAUCUUCAAGUAUUUUUUCACGUUGGCCUUAAAAUUUCUUCACAAUUUUUCCACUCGUGGAGAGAGGCACUUUGACAGUAAGGUUUCUUCUCCUAGAGCUCGAUAAUACAGUCACUCUAUAUAAGAUUAUGUCGGAAGUUUGUCUUAGCUUUUGCUGUCUACCCACUGCGUUUGCUAAAAAAGUUAUCACAUACUUUUCUAUUGUAAAGAAGUUAAUUUUUGGGGAGUUUUCCUUAAAUUGUGCUCGGCCCUGUUCAAAAGCUAUUUGGAAUUCAAGUAUUAAUUGUUGUCUCUUCUUACAGCCGGAUGGAACAGAUCUCCGUCACUUUGUCCAUGAACAUGAAACAUGGGCUGAUUACCUAACAUACAUGGAACAAGAUGGCGCUUGGGGUGAUCACCUCAUUCUCUGUGCAGCAGCAAAUUGCUUUAAAACGUGCAUUCAUGUGGUCAGUAGUAUACACAAUGAUGUAGACAUCAGGCCACAUGGUGCUGUUGAAGAAAGCAAGCCUCUAGUACUGGGACAUAUUCAUGAAGUACACUAUGUCAGUCUUCAGCCCAUACAAGGUAAGAGUGGGAAAGCACAGUACACGUACUUUUCAAUUUGA